CUCAAUCAGUUCGAGUUCGUCAGCCAGUUUGAGUAGUUUAUUCAGUGGAGUUCGCCCGCGUUCAGAUACUAUCUUGAUGAAUUUAGAUGUUCAGUGGUUGCAUGUGUGAAACUCAGUGAUAGUGAAGACCGCAAGACGUCGUGGAUAUUUCGCGGCAAAAUAUAGUGAAAAAUAUUGAACUUAUUGAAAAACAAUAUAAACAAUUUGGAUUACCAUUUGUGGAUUAUUUUCUACCUUUUGAAACCCCAACAAUGGUCGUGCUAGAAGGAGGUGGUAGUGUCGUUACCAUCGGAAGUAAUCAGUACUUGCAGCCUGACUAUCUGGCUCCAACUACGCUGGACUCUAAAAAGAGCCCCCUAGCACUGCUAGCCCAGACCUGCAGUCAGAUUGGAGCUGACUCGUCAGCCGUGAAACCACUUCUUGCAUUGGAUAAAAAGAAGUCAGACAACCAGUCAAAGUCUCCAGCUGCAUCCAAGACCCCAAAGUCGAGUGCAUCCCCAGAAAUAAAAUUGGCCUUCAAACCCUACGAAGCCAACGUGCUCAGCCACACAACAGUUAGCAGUGUAUCCAGUUCAUCAUCCAAAUCCGAGGAUUACUCUCAACGUCCCAGCUCGAAGUCGAGUAACAGUGCUAGUGACAGUGGGAUUGGAAAUAGUUAUGAAGAAUUAAAAAAUAAAUCGCAAAGUAGUGCUCGUGUCCCGUCGCGUAGUAAAUCUGAUUCGCCGGAAAUCAGUUCAAAGGUUCAAACCGAAAAUAAUGACAAAGCUAGUCCAGGAGUGUCAGAAAUCCGUAAAACAGUUUCACCGACGGAUAGCGCCCAACGUGGGGCAAGUCCGAUAAUCCGAUCCGGUUUAGAAGUGAUGCAAGGCCAUGCUAAGGAUUUACCUUUGGGAGCUUACAAGCCUAGUUCCGCUUACGGAUUAAACCCACUAUCGGCUUUGUGUUGUCCACCCGGUAUGGAGCAGCAUACAAAUCCAGCUUUCAGGCCUCCAUUUGCGGGAGGUUUCACACAUCAUCAUGCAGCUAUGUUGGCCGCAGCAGCAGCAAGUGGAUACCCUGGAACGAAUCCCAACCCUUACAUUACAUACCAAAGGAUUAAGACUGCAUCCGGUGGCGAAGCUAUCGUGCCUAUCUGCAAGGAUCCCUACUGCACAGGAUGCCCGUAUUCAGCCCACACCCAACAAAUGCUGAUGGGGGCACCUUGCCCCAGCGGCUGCACGCAAUGUGAAAACCAAAAAUAUGGAAUAUCAAUGGCAGCGCAAUUAGGAUCAUUGCCGCCAGGCCACCCCUAUGCAAGCCAAGCUCGGGCUCCCUACAUAUGCAGCUGGGUAUCUGGAGAUAGUUAUUGCGGCAAAAGGUUCAACGCUUCAGAAGAACUGUUCGCUCACCUCAGAACACACACUGGAAAUCUUAAUGAUCCCGCUGCCGUCGCAGCAGCCUUGGCUCAAUCACAAACACAAUCUCUGCUGAGCACCUUGUUUCCACCGUCAGCCUUGCAGCGAGCCUACCCAACACCCCCACUAAGCCCAAUGUCUGCGGCUCGAUACCACCCUUACGCCAAACCAAGUGGUCUGCCCCCAACGCUUCCCGGAUCACCGUUCGGUUUCAACCCGGCCGCCGCAGCUGCCCUAGGACCUUACUAUUCACCUUAUGCUAUGUAUGGACAAAGAAUCGGAUCAGCUGCAGUUCAUCCGUAAGCUACAUAAAGGACUCUGUUGAUCCCUGAAGCGGGUCCUUCCGAGUGAAAGCGCAUGGCUUCGGAAUGUUAUCAAUUUGGAGCCGGGGAAAUAUCAACGUUUCUUGUUUUCUCUUUAUUUGAAUAGACUGUGAUACGUAGCAAGUAGGUGAUGAAAAUCUCGGCAUGCGUUCGGCUGAAUAAGGAUAUGCUGUAAAAUUUCGCAAAAGGACUGCUUGUAGUUGUGGAAAACUUCGGAAAUGUGUGUACACAAGUUGUGGCCGUCAGGAUUUCAGCUGUAACUUUUGAAGUUUCUAAAACGAACCCGAGGGCAGUUGAUGGAAAACUUACUGAUCCUAGUGAGAAUGGAAAAUGUCCUUCGGGAAGUUCAGUUUAACAAAAAAUGUACCACAAGCACUGUAAAUAUUGUUUAUAUAAGUAAAUUAAAGGAUUUAUUAUUUUAGUUUUUAUUCAAAGAAAAGACCGAAUUGUUCGAUUUCUAAAUCCGAAAUAUUGGAAGUUAUGUAAUCUAAGAAACUGUAAAAAAGAUGAAAACCAAUCUAAGUAAUAAGUUUCUGCAAAGAAAAGAACAAAUUACGACAAAUAAAAAUUACAUAAAAUUUAAAAAUUAA